AUGGAUGAUGAUUUUGAUCCCCUAAACAUUUCAAAAGCAGAGAAAAGAGAAGCUCCGGAGCUCCCUCCUCCAAAGGUCCGCGUAAUUCCUAAAACAGAAGACAAAGCAGACCUUUUUGAAGUUUCUGGAGAAAAAAAGAGGAAAAAGAGAUUAUUUAAGUCAAUGGAUUUUGAUAAAAACCUAUUAUUUGAACAGAUUUCAACAGGUGAUAGUAUCUUUGCCAAUGAUAUUACUUCAUUUCAACCAAAAAUCAGGCAAAAUAAAUCGGAGACAGAUAUUUUUACAAUCGAUAAGGAAGACUUUACACAGUAUAUAGAUCAAAACAGCAUAUCAGCUAAGUUCUCGAACUCAACAAACGCUUUAAACAAAGCUCGACUGAAAUUACUUGAGAAUGAGACGGGAAUCAUUCAAAAUCAUAUUAAACAAUAUAAGGGAGAACUAAAUCUCCAUGUGAUCAAGAAAACAGAGAUACUUAAAAAUAGAAAUUUGUUAAUUCAAGAAAUGCACGAUCUGUUUCGCCAAGGAGUUGAAGAAAAUCGUGAUAAAGCCGCUAUACAAAGUAUAUACCAGAGAAAAAGCCUCAGACUUCAUUCAAUUUACGCAGAUAUGAUGAAAGUCAAUAUUUCGCGUUGUACGUCAUUUUUGGAUUGGUUGAAAGCUAUUCCAAAGUCAUACAAACUUGUUCCAUCGAUAGAAACCGACAGAUUCCUCAACAGUUUAGUAUUAAAAGAUGCCAGAACAGAAAAGCUCGAAAAGCAACUUUCCAUACUCGAGAAGCAUAUUAAACCACUCGUACCUACAAAGCCAGGCACAGGAGACUGGUAUUCCAACGCUUUGCACCCAUUAUCGAAUUCAGGAAAAAUUAUUCAACGAUUUGAAGAAAAGAUAUCUGUUCUUAAAUACCUCGACGUAUAUACAAUUAUUGAGCAUCUUUCCGAGAACAACAACAACUUCGUUGAAUACGAACAUCUUUUAUUCGACAUUGCGUGGUCGCACAAGCCAUAUCCAUUUGGUAUAAACAGACAGAUAAAAUUACCAAAGCUGAACGCUGUAUUCCCGGCCGCUAUCGCUAAAACAGACCUUCCAGAAGAAUUCCAACAUACGUCCUUUAACAUGUUGGCCGGUAUGGACUGGCCAUUCAAAACCGUCGUGGACAUGCUUUUUGAGAUGCUUAUUCUAACGAAUCCGUUUGACAUCGCUCACGUUUUUUGGGACGUUAUUCAAGAAGCUGCCAAAUGUAUGUCGAAGCUGUUGGUCAUAUAUAAGGGUGUUAACCCUGAAGAUGUCGAAAUCGACUUCGAUUCUCUGUUCCCUGUUUUGCAAAUUUGUAUUAUCGCAUUUGGCUGCGAAGAAUGGAUGUCGAUCGCUUUGUAUACGAUGUCUUUUAAUGAGAAUGUCUCAGACGACCCACAGUUACAGUUCGCAAUGACGUAUUUGGAAGGAUUAGUUACACAAUUAAUGGGUCUUGACGAACAAGCGAUAAAACAGCGCGCAGAAGCUAUAACAACCAAAUGGAUUAAUGAUAGUGAAGAUCCUCUGGGAAUUUGUGGAAAAUAA